AUGUAUGCGUGUGCCCGUGAGGUGCAGUGCUGUUCCUUACUUCCACUCCCACCCCUCUUUUCUUUUUUUUUUCGUUUCCCUACUUCCUUACUCCUCGUCAAUGAUGACGAGGAAGUGGGUGUGGCAGGGCUUCACCGCCUUUGGUUUCAGAUGCACCUCACGGAGUUUGGGUUUCUUCUCCAGCGCAUCAUGGGCGCUUUUGACCACCCACGCCCGCAGCGGCAUGCCGUCCUCCUCUGGCGUGUCGUUCACUUUUUCCAGUUGGUUGAGGAGGAAUUCAUCCUCGGCGUACCCCUCGGCGGUAAUGCGCGACAGCGGAAAGUGGACCUCAAUCUCAACCGAUGGCAUACUUGCUUGCCCUUAGCUUUGAAUGCCGCGCUGGUGUGA